AUGCCCAACUUUAUGCCAAUCCAAUUAGAAACCAAAAUGAUUAGAAUCCACUAUAUUGUUUUGUUUAUAAUUAAAUUUGCAUUAUGUUUAUGGCGUGGGAUUCAUACGGCUUGUGUCAAAAAUAUAGAGGUGUGGGAUAAAUUUAAAGGAGGUAUUUCUGUUCGCUUAGGCAAUAGAGACAACAUAAAUUUAUGGAAUGAUAUCUGGGUAGGAGAUCAGACUCUUUCUUCCUUAUAUCCAAGGUUGUAUCAAAUUGCAAUGGAUAAAAAUGCUUCGGUUCGGCAUAAUUUUAAUUCUGCUCAUUUUAGCUACUGCUUGAACUGGAACCGUAGCCUUCAAGUUGGAGAUCAAGAGCUUCUCGACAGUCUUCAAGUCCAGCUUCGUGAUCAUUCGCAUAGGCCUGAAGUUAUUGAUGCUGUGUGUUGGGAAAGAACUGAUGGAUUCACUCCAGCGGUGAAGGGAGCUGCUGUUUAUUCCUUUUCUCAGUUAUGUAAACUCAAGCUUCCGCCUCAGAUCAACUUUUUCUUUUGGUUGCUGGCGAGGGGUAGAAUUUCAUCGAAAAUUUCUUCAGCGCACAGAGGCAUUAUUACUCGUGAGAAUACAGGUUGCUCCUUAUGCAUGGUUGAUGAAACUAAUCUUCAUAUUUUCAUGCACUGUCAUUAUGCAUGGAAAGUUUGGAGUAAGUUUUUUAGCAUGUGCAACAUUAGUUCAACAUUACCGAAUUCUUUGAUUGAGUUUUUCAUGUUCCGAGAUUCGCUCUCGGAUUGGAAGCAUCGUGUUCUAUGGAGGACAAUUUGGUUUUAUUGUAUAUGGGAUUUGUGGAAGGCAAGAAAUAGAAGGGGCUUUAACGAUGAGUUUCUUGAGGCGAACUCUGUGGUUUUCAUGUCGAUUUGCAAGACGCUUUUGCCAAUCACGACUUUGUGA